GGUAAGUCAUAUAUUUAAUGUGUUCUGAUAGACUGUAGGCAAAAACCUUAACUCCUGUAAUCUGGAACAUAACCUGUAAAUUUUGUAUCCAAUUGUUUGCUUGCCAUCUGCCUGUGAGUCGCAUUAGUUGUGCUAUAUCUUAUCCAAUGGUUGUAAACAGCAGUUGUGCUUACUUUGCAUAGGGGUCAAAUUUACCAUUUUACUUGAUUAGGCAUAACCACACAUGCUGUAAUGCUGUAUAGUGUAUACAAUGCAACUCUUGUACAUAGGGCUCUUAGGCUCUACAAAGUUUUGAUCGGUUCAUUGGAGACGUGUUGAUUGAAUUUCUUGGGGUGUGUUUUAGCUUUCUGUAGAUAACCAACCUUUGAAGUCUCUGUCGUUGAAGAUUUUUCUUCUUCCAGGCACUUGGAUCUUGCUUAACUGAACUCGUGUUUUGGUUACAUAACAUAGUUUUAAGCCCAGAAUCAAAUCAUAUAACCUGGUUGACAUUUGUUAAUUUCUUCUCUUUUUUCCAUUCUGAAAAAAACAAAAAGCAAAAGGUGUGAAACACUCCAGGUUUAGAGAUAUAUGGAACUGGUUAAGCUGCAAUUCCCAACUUCCAGUUAUAUGGAACUGAUAUAGUGAUCCCUGAUAUUAUUACAUACAAUAUCCUAAUGGAUGGUUUCUGUGAAGCUAAUCGGCUUAGAGAAGCGGUGGACAUCUUCUCCUUUCUCACAGCUAAAGGACUGCAUAAUGUGUGUGCUUACAACAUAAUGAUAAAAGGGUUUUGUAAAGAAGGGUUGCUAGCAAAAGCCGAUGAAUUACUGAAGAAUAUGGAGGACAAUGGAUGCUUUCCAGAUGAAUGCACCUUUAAUACACUUAUUAGAGGAUUUAUUGAUGGAAAGGACAUUAGGAGAGCAUUAGAGCUUGUCAGGUUGAUGAGAAUCAAAGAGUUUGUUGCUGAUAAUCACACAAUAUCAUCAUUUGUGGGCUUACUCGCUGAUCCAAAUAUCGGUGAUGCAGACAAAGAUUUGCUAAAAAGUUUUUGGAGAACUGAGUGAGCAAUAGUUAGGAUCAAAGGUGGAAGUAGCAAUGAAUAAAUUAUAUAUGAUCAGCUGUGACAGAGAUGUGUACACAGAUAUUGUGAGUGAGAUGUGGAUUAGUAAGUCUUAUAUUUAAUGUGUAACUUUUGAUUGAUUGUAGGAAAAAGCAUUAACAUCUGUGAUUUCGAACAUUUGAUUUUACUUCUUUUUGGGCUUGCUUUUACUUGAAUGGUGCUCAUGGAAGCAGAUGUGGAUUGACCUAUUGUAUCAAUUUGUGUGUGUUUACUUGGUA